GCGUCAGUUCCUGCGGAUGUGCUAUGUGUAUGACUUCUCACUGAACGACCUGCUGGCUCCCAGUGUGACUCACAGCGAGGCUGACAUCCAGCUGAUAUUCAAACUACUGCAGGACCUCCAGAGCUCCAUGAACAAGACCCAACAGCACCAGGAAGAGGCCCAGGCUCUGGUGUGUGUGUAUGAGGCACAGCAGAAGGAACUGAAGAACCAUGGUGUGGAGGAGGGCCAGCUGAAGAGAUCUUUAGGGAUGAAGAUGGACAAGGAGUCCAAACAACAUAUACGAAGACAGAAGAAGAAGGAGAUUAAGGAUCAAUACAUUGAGGAUGUACUAGGUCAGUGUGACAAUGUUCACCAGAAGAGGGAGCAGAUAGCGGACCAGAUCCAGGAGAGAGACAGAUUCUCAACACCUCCGCAGUCAGAUGACCAACCUGAGGGACACCUGCAGUCAGGAGACUGAGAAAGCUCAGGACCUGUUUGAUCGUCUGCUGGCAGCUCUGGAUCACUUCCAUAAACGCAUACAGAACCACGUCGUCGAGGGCAACAACGACAUCGUCAAGAUGACUGCUAACUUCUAACCCAGUGUAGUUGACUUCUCUACAUCUGUCAUUAGUUUAGCU